CUCUCCCCGCGUGUCUCUGUCUGUCUCUCCGCGUGUCCUCUCUCUCCGCGUGUCACCCCUCCCACCCCAACUACCCCUACCACCCCAACUACCCCUCCCACCCCAACUACCCCUCCCACCCCAACUACCCCUCCCACCCCAGCUACCCCACCCACCCCAACU